AUGUCCGCCUCAAGUGCACAUGAGCGCACACAUGAUGAGUCCAUUGCUGGUGUGGCAGCCCGCUCUCAGAAUGCUGGCGAAUUGGUUCCAAUUCAAGAUGUCCAACAAGCACGAAACUUCAUUAACAAACUCUACGCCGGGGUUAGCUCCUCAAAUGUCCAGCUCGCAGACGAGAUUGAGGAUGUUGUCGGAAGCGAGAUAACUGCAGUCAUGCACCUGCAGCGGUCCCUUCCAGCAAAGUUCGAAGAUCUUUUGAAGGGAGCUGAACACGUCCGGGAUGUGCUGGGUGCCCGUGUGGUCGAGGUCAUGAAUCACUCGGGCCUGACAGCAGAGAGUAAUGCGUCAGUAAAGGGGGCCAUUUCGGAGAUGAAAUCGGAGCUGUUUGAGGCAGGAUGCAAGAAACUGCUGCAGCUGGUGAAAGAUCACGAAAACGAGUUCACCAAGAAACAGGGAGGAUAUCAUCAAUGCAUGCGUCAUCAAGAGCAAAGGCUGCGUUCGCAGUUUGGCUUGGCCAAGUGGUUGAAAUAUAUCUACUCACCCUUCACUUCUGUGUUCAACGGCGGCUUCCAAGACUUCUUCUUGGGUGCCAGCGCUGUUGUGAGCGCUGCAACGGCCCUGGCAGGUGUCAAAAUGUCCCGUGCUUUUUGUGCUUCAUCCAUGAUCGGUGCAGCAACCUGUGUGCCAUUCACAGCUCUGUUCCUCAAGAUCCAGAACUUUGAGUUCCGCACAGAUUUCGAGAAGAUUCAAGAGGAAAUUGAGGAACAGCUUGUGCAGGUCCGGAAAAUCAAACAUAUGGGCAACCACAUGGCCAGCUUCCUCAAGAGCCUCAAGGAGGAUGUUCAGACCAUCCAGGCACACGAGAGAAAGUUCGACCAGCUGAUCCAGCAGCUGCCGUGGUUCCUGUCGCAAAACUUGGAUGUGCGCACCUGGAAUGCCGAGCUCCUCAGCGCUGCUUUGCAGAAGUGGGACUUGCCGCAAUGUGCCAAAAUGUUCCUGAAGAAGCAGAUCUCCGGACAAGCCUUCAUGGAGGUGAUGCAGGAGAACGACUUCAAGGAUCUGGGCAUCGAAGAUCAGCUCACGUUGCGCCGCCUGAAGCAACUGCAGGAGCACAUGAAGUCCAACCCCAAGGAGCUUUGCCGCAAGGACGCCAUGAUUCUUUCUGAAAGCCUCAGCCAGGCCUUGAAUGAAGUUGUGGCUUGUAUUGCGAGCAUGAAGACAAAGCACGAGCACAACUUCGCACCUUGA